UCUGGGUACCCCACACACAUUCCAUGCAACCACACGACGACAACCAAGAACUCGGCGCCCAGGCCUUACUACAACUCCUGGACCUAAAAAAGGACGAGGAGCUUUUAAAGGACGGGCUUGAUCUCAUCCAACAACACAAUGAGUACUCGGAUCCUGAUAAGAUCAACGAGGUAGAGGCGGCCGUGUUGAGAUACGUGGGCGGCACGCUCGACGAUGCGCCCGACGACAAAAAGCGCAAGUUGUUCAGCGACGAGCUCGCGAACAUUAAUUUUCAGCAGUGGACCGGGUUCCUCGAGGACGAGUUUGCCUUUCCAGGCAAGCGCCAAAAGAAAAAGAAGGACAAUGUGGACCCUGAGCUUGCGCAGAUGGGCGCAGAGCACGAGAUCCGCGCGGAGGCCGAGGGCGAGAUGGGCACCGCGUCGGAACACGAGCAAUUGGUACAGGCCGCGAUCAUGGAUGCGCGCGAGCUUGCAAGCCAGUUGGGACCGUUGGACGAGUUCGGCUACCGUGGGCUCGCGGGCGGCGAGGCCGCGCAGCAGUUGCAGCAGUUGCAGCAGCACGCAGCGCAGGCGAUUGCGGCAGCAGACGGGCCUGCUCCCACUUCCAGCUUGAACACAGGGAUGCACGCGAAUGCACACCCCGAGGUGGCGGCGUUGGUGGCCGCUGCGGCCGCGCGCGCGUCAAACUGGGUGACCGCGCCCGCGCACGGCAAGCUGUUUUCGCCAGAGGAGAUUGAGGCACUCGACCGCUUCAUCGGCGCGUACUGUGAGAUCAACAAGAUGACGCGGCGCGAUAUCUGCGAGCGUGUGUGGUGCAACGAGCGCAAGAAGGACGACUUCUGGGAGGCGCUCCAGAAGGUACUCCCACAUCGGUCGCGCGCAUCCGUGUAUAAACACGUGCGCCGGCUGUACCACAUCUUUGACGUACGCGGCAAGUGGACCGCCGCGGAGGAUUCGGAGUUGGGGCGCCUCGCGGCCGAGAAGGACGGCCAAUGGAAGGCCAUCGGGCAGAUCAUGGGCCGCAUGCCGGAGGACUGUCGUGACCGCUGGCGUAACUACGUCAAGUGCGGCUCGAACCGGUCGUCCAACAAGUGGUCCGAGGCCGAAGAAGAGAAGUUGCGCGCAAUCGUGGCAGAGAUUUUGGGCGAGGCCGCGGAGCUGCAGCAGAGCGCCAUCAACUGGACGAUUGUCAGCGAGCGUAUGGGAGGAAUCCGCUCGCGCAUCCAGUGUCGUUACAAGUGGAACAAGUUGCUCAAGCGCGAGGCCACGUCGCGCGCGGCGCAGAUUGACAUCAGCGACCGGAUCUGGCUCGUGGGGCGCAUCAAGGACUUGGGCUACACCACCGUUACGCAGAUCGACUGGCACUUGCUAGCGACGUUGUACGCGCGCGCGUACUGGCAAGGCUCUGAUUUCAAGAUCUGCUUCGAGCGCAUGCGUGGUACCAUCCGCGACUUUAAGAAGAAGAAGAUGGACGAUGUGUGCUCGUUACUUUUGCUAGACUUGAUGAACGAUGGUCACGGAGUAAGGAUCUAA